GAGAACCACGGCAAGCCCGUGCCAAUGGGCCGGAGCCGCGGGAGUGACUUUCUUGGCUGGGAAGCCACGGCUCAUGCCGACUCUGCCCCACAAGAGCCAUGGAUCAUUCAUUUUCACCACUUCCGCAAGAACGCGGAACUUGGAAGUUUCCUUCAAACCCCAUCUCAUAGGAUACACCCCAGAGGAUGGAUAUGGAGGUGGAUAGAUGGAACUCCCGUGCAGCUUGCUGGGCUUUCGGAAACCCCUGAUUUCGAUGAUGAAUUCAUGGAAGGAUCUGAUGGAGCUGUCGUCAGUCAGCAUGAGUCUCAUGUCCACCAGCGUCACUCCCAUCACUACCAUGAAGACCCGAUGGAUGAGGUGGCAGUUGCCAUAAUCUCCUCUGGAACAACCAUUCUCUUCGCAAUGGCAGGGGCUGCUUUGGCGAUGCGUUUCUUUCGUGAACUUGUGCGACCACGGAGUCAUAAUGCUGAGGUGGUCCAGGUGGACAUCCCAGGGGUGCAGCCGUUCAGGCCAUUUGCUGGUCAAGCCUACCAUUUGGCACAUCUCAGCAAACCACCGUCCCCACGACAUGCUCAGAACCCAGAAGAAAAAGCAGAGAAGGACGCACAGAACAGUGUCACUUCGCCAGUCUCACAGGCCUUGCCCAGUAACACUGGUGCUACCCCACUGCAAGCAGAAGAUGGGGCAACAUUGGCAUGAGAUCUCCAGAGGGCGGCAAAAGCAAA